CCAAUUAAUCCAUCCAGAAUCACACUAAGCUCGUAUUUGCUCCCAUUUUUUGCAAAUUUAUUUCACUAAAAUAAUUUUGCAAGUCAAUCUUAAGCCUUUCCAGAAUCCAAUUCCCGACUCGGAACAAAUCAGUAUAAAGCUACUCCAGUUCUGCGAGACAGCGAAAAUGGAGUCAAGAUCUAUGGGGUUUCUACGAGCUCCUCAUUUCACGAGCUCGAGUAAAGGAGAGCAAGUCUCAGAUGAUGAAGCAGAGCCGGUAGUUAUAGGAGGAAUGGUGCUGGACAUAAACGCCUCUUCUUCUAUGCCAGCUAAUCCCAGGACCACCACUCCGGGGAAGGUCCUUUAUGCAUUAGGUGGUGUAGCAAGGAAUGUUGCUGAGUGCAUGUCAAAGCUUGGUACAAAGCCUUUCAUGAUAAGUACACUUGGGCUUGACAUGGCAGGAAAUUUGCUGUUGGAGCACUGGAGAUCUGCUGGGCUUUCCAUGGAAGGCAUUCAAAAGCACCAAGAUAUUGAGACAGCAGUAGUUUGCAACAUCUUUGAUGGUACAGGAGAGCUGGCAGCUGCUGUUGCUUGUUUUGAAUCACUUGAGAAGUUUCUUACACCUAAGUGGAUAGAAAAAUUCCGAACCCAUAUCUGUUCUGCUCCAGUGUUGAUGCUUGAUGCAAAUUUAAGUCCUCCAGCAUUGGUAGCAUCUUGUCGAAUGGCAGCAGAAUGCAAGACUCCUGUGUGGUUCGAGCCUGUAUCAGUUGUUAAAUCCAAAAGAAUUGCUUCAGUAGCACAAUAUAUUAGUUUUGCCUCCCCCAACGAAGAUGAGCUUGUGUCUAUGGCAAAUGCUCUUUCUUGUCAAGAUAAUUUUUUACCAGUUAAAAGAGAUUGUAGCAGCACCAAGUUAUCCACAGGAUUGCUGUUUCAAAUGCUUAAACCUGCUAUCUGGGUUUUGCUAGAGAAAGGCAUUAGAGUUGUUAUUGUGACUCUUGGAUCAGAUGGGGUCUUCUUGUUCUGUAAAGAAAUGCAUGGCUUUAAGAGACGUGAUUUCAUGGGAAACAAACCUCAUUCUUUCAGCGCACAACUUUAUAGCACUGUGAAUUCAAGUUGUCCCCCCAGUAGAUUUGUUAGUUCUCUACCGUCCGAUGGAAGCUCUUUACUAUUUGCUGUGCAUUUUCCUGCACUUCCUGCAUCAGUUGUGAAGCUUACUGGAGCUGGUGAUUGCUUAGUUGGUGGUGCAUUAUCUUCUUUUUGUGCUGGUUUGGAUAUAAUGCAAAGUGUGGCAGUUGGCAUUGCAGCUGCCAGAGCGGCUGUUGAAGCAGAGACCAAUGUGCCUGCAGAGUAUGUUUUGGCCAAAAUUGCAGAUGAUGCAAGGUCAGUGUAUUUUGAUGCCAACGUUGUAUUCUGUGAAUCGAAGUUGUGAUAUAUUGGGUAUAAUUCUACUGCAAUAUAGAUAGUUGACCAUGUGAAGAUACCUCUCAUAUCAUGUUGGACGAGUGAUUAUUUCAUCAAUUUUCUUCUGGCUGUUCAGAAAGUGAAGAAUUUAGUUCAUCUGGUACAGUGUCAGACAAUAUUUCAGUCCAUUCCUUGCACAUGAUGAAUUGUGAAGGAAAAGCUGCAAAAUGUUAAUUUAUCUGUGAGUAAAAUGUCUAGUCCUGAUGUGCCGGAUUCGCUCUCCUCUGACCAGUUCACCACAUGUUAGGAGUGGAUCUUGAUAGAGAUUUUUACUCCCAGUAGUUGUAUGAAAUCUGUUUAUUUACUGUGUCAAGCCAUUAAACAGAUGCCAUUUUCUUCAAAAUUCACACAUUCGUGUAGUUUUAGGAAAUAUUUCCUGAAUGCAUAUAUGUACUGAGGUGUGCAUUCAUGCCGACAGGAAACUGUGGUUCGAUUGUUGAUUGUUAAGAAGAAUGUUAUAAUUC